AAUAAUUAGCAAAUCUGUGGUACAAGGACAACAAAGUUAGGUUAGAUGUCUAAAAAACAAUAUUAAUUAAACAAAAGUAAAGAUAUCAACUAGUAGAUAAUAUAAGAUGAAUGCCCCACCAACCUUUGAAUCUUUUCUCUUAUAUGACGGAGAGAAAAAAAUCACAAAAGAACAAGAUACUAAAGUUCCAAAUGCAGCAAUAUUUACUGUGAAUAAGGAAGACCACACUUUGGGAAACAUGAUCAGAAAUCAACUUCUUAAAGAUCCCAAUGUGCUCUUUGCAGGAUACAAAGUUCCGCAUCCAUUGGAACAUAAAUUUGUUAUAAGAAUUCAAACAACAGCAGAUUACUCUCCCCAAGAUGCACUAAUGAAUGCACUUUCCGAUUUACUAUCUGAACUGGCACUUUUUGACGAGAGGUUCAAGGAAGCUAUCAAGGAAAAGAAAGAUGGUUUAGAUUAAUUUUUUUAAGAAUAAUAUUAAGUGUUUAUGUAUUUUGAAUUUGUAUUAAAAUGUAUUAUUUCAAUGUUUGUAAUCAUUUAAACAAUAAAUGCCUAUAUGUAUAUUUCCAGGAA